AUGGAUGCAGCUGCAUUUGAAGUUGAUAUGGCCAAGGCUUUUAGCUUGCUUGCCAUUGCUGGAGNAAAUAUUCUACCCGAAGGGCAAGCAGUUUAUGUACAAACAGAUGGGAACUUGUUCGGGUAUGAAAGCUAUACCUUUGUACUAAAAGAGGAUUUUAAAAGAAUUCUUAAUAUGAAAGAGUUGACAGCAUCAGCCGUAACCGUUUAUAUAAUGGCUUUAUAUGAGAGGCUGAAGGGCAAUCAUGGUAAUAAUAGUGGAUUUGAUUUUAUGAGCCCCAGCUCACUGUCAAUAGCAGGCAAUAUUGAUGCCACGCAAACAAGACCAGCACGGGAAAAAUUGCUUGCCAAUCGGUUGGCUAUGGUUAAGAAGGAAAAUUUAAUUAUAGUGCCAUACAACCCAGGGUUUCAUUGGGUUCUUGUUGCCAUUGACAUGAAGACUUUAACGGUGUACUAUCUUGACUCCUUAAGGAAUGAUAUUGCAACGGAUUUAAAAGAAGUAGUGCAAAAUGGCAUUAUUAUUCAUUCCGCCGAUGAGGUCUCUAAUAUCACAUGGCAACAAGUAUUGGCACCAAUUCAACCGGGCGCCUAUGAGUGUGGCUAUUACAUCAUGGCAUACAUGAAGGAUAUAGUUGAGAAUGGCCUGACAUCACUAAAAAACAAUUUCAUGGGGAAAGAAAGAUAUACAGAAGCAGAGAUAGUUGAAAUCAGACGAGAAUGGGCAAUGUAUAUAUCAAAAUGUUUUUAGACUUUCUAUCAUUGAGACAAAAAGUUAUACUGCCUUUUGAUGUUAUAAACAAGAAUACAAUCCGGGUGUUCUUAUUUUGCUGGGGUUUUACUGAUUA